AAUACUGGGUUCCACGAAUAUCACUUUGGGAAAAUUACACGACUCAGUGCACCUAAAUAUAAGCCGUGACUUAUUUAUUGAGAAAUUUACUUAGCGUUCCAAAGCCAAAAAGCUGACUCCAGCAAACAUGAACCAUUGAUGGGUUUAAUACAGAGUGCCGUGCAAGAGAGAAGAAACAAAAAAUCCUCGACCAACAGCCAUUCCAUCUCGGUCCACCACCAUGUCAAUGACUGAGAGAGAUAUAGCCAUCAACCUCAUCUCGGCUAUUGAAGCCAAUCGGGUCAGAAAGGUAGAGCAAAUCUUGAGAAAAGGGCCAAAGCGGUUGUGGUCGGCUUUGAUUAGCAAUUACAAGCCACACGCCAUUGGGUCUGCGACUGUUCUUCACGUCGCCGCCCUUCAAGGGAACGCACGCGCCGUUGAAUUACUGCUGGAGGCAGGUGCCGACCCAAACGUAACAACACUUGAGGUGUUCCAAAUCACAUCUCCAAACCCAAAGUUCUGGAUCGCCAAAUCCACGCCGCUUCACCUGGCCGCCUCCGUCGGCCAGCAUGAGACCGCGCGAAUACUCCUCAAGUUUGGGGCCAAAGUGGAUACACAGGACAAGAACGGCAGAACCCCACUUCACCUCACAUGCAUGAGCAAAGAGUCUGCUUGUGCAGCAGACGUCCUGUUGGAGAACCGCGCAUGCUUGAACUCCAUGGAUGCAGACGGGAAAACCCCUCUCCAUUAUGCAGCCAUGCACGUGGAAAUCGAGAUGGUGAAGCGUCUUCUCUCCGCUGGCGCCGACAUUGAUUUUCAGGAUCACGACGGGUUGUCGCCCCUUCUCUGUGCCAUUAAAUACAGCGCGACAAGGGUUGCAAAAUAUCUCUGUGCGUGUGAGGCAAACCUCCAACUUCAAGACGCCAAGGGCAUGGCACCACUGCACUGGGCAGCUCAGAUAGGGCUACCAGAGUUGAUCCAUCUCUUUGUCGGCGUGUUCCGCGUGAACGUACAUCAGCAGGACGCUCAGGAACGCACGUCCUUGCACGUGGCAUGCCUGUACGGGGAGAGUGGAAGCGCCACGGCUCUCCUUGAGUAUGGCGCAGACGUCAACGCUUCGGCCCAGAACGGAUAUUCUCCGCUGCACUACGCCGCUAAGAGUGGUGAUUUAGAAUCCUGCUCGCUGCUUCUAAAAAUGGGUGCAAACGCGCCGCAAAAGGACCGUUUGGGAAAGACGGCAGCAGAUCUCGCGAGAACACCCGAGUUACAAGAUUUGCUUCAAACUGGAGAAGCAAUGUCUCUGUUAGACAGGCAAGCAUCCCCCGACAAUGAUUCUGACGGAGAAUCUCUCGUAGCUUCUGGUCUUUGUGACAGCCGCCCGGGAUCUAGCAAGAAAAUGAGUUUAGCAUCUCCACGUCAGGAAAACCUUACUGACGACCAGGAUCAUGUUUCAGGCACAGACAGACCCAGCCAUCGUCUGAGGUCCCACACCAGAGAGCUACUAGAAAACAUCACCGACGAUAUGAAGGAAAUUAAGGAGGCAGUCUCAGACAUAAGGAGCUCAUCCAAGAUUCUCCAAGUCUUCCACGAGAAACCAUUGGACUCAUUUGCGGCUAAACUUUUUCUUCUUGUGUCGAAAAGGAUCAAUUGUGACUGGAAGGAUUUGUUCCGAUCACUUAUGUCCAGAUUCCACCAGUCGAUGAUUGUUGAGUCGAAAAUCGAAGAAAUCGUGUACGCGAACGAGAAGGAUCUCUCGGAACAGUGUUAUAUAUCUCUCGUCAGAUGGCGACAGAGUCGUGGGCUGCGCCUGCGCGUUGACGAGCUGAUCGAUGCCCUCAAUGAGAUCCUUAGACGGGAUAUAGCCGAGGAAGUGGAAAACUUUAUUUCGGAGCGAGGAAAUUGUGAAAACUUUACCUUCUAAGACAAUUGCAUUGUUUCGUAAUAACAUCGUAUUGUUGAAUUUAAAGGCCCAGGAACAUAACAUAUGCACUGUCGCUAAAAGGGAAAGUUACAUCUCUAUAUUUUUCCAUCAUGGUUUUAAAUCAGUUAGGCGUACCGAUUGCCAUGAAAAGGGUCUAUAUGGGCACCCCAGGGAAAGCCAAAUAAACUGAAAAACAGUCAGUGGAACUUUAGGUAUAAAUAUUUUUAUGAAAUCACUGCUAAUGUGUUUUCCUAUUUGACCACAAAUGAUUAUGACAUAAAAUAUAAUAUCUGCAUCAGAUAUGAACUUUUUUAUGUAGAUAACAAGAAUCGUUCUGUAAUAUUCUUGAAACAGUCAAAAGGGAAUAAAUAUAUCACGCUUUA